UUAGCAACACUAACAAUGCUCAUUGCAUAUUAUGAACAUGCUUGCGGAAUGUUUAAAAUUGCUAGUUAUCGUAUCGACAGAGCUAUUUAUAUAUUAAAAGAUAUCAGAUUGCCAAAUGAAAUUUUAGUUUAUAAAAAUAUAGUUUGUGCUGUAGAUAUACAUCGUAAAGCUAUGAGAUUUUCUAUUUAUUUAAUAUCCAAAUUUGAAAUAUCAUUCGGGGUUUUAAUAGUGGUUGGUGUCACUUCUUUGAGUUUAAACAUUUUUCGGAUUUUCCAGAUCAUAUUAUCCGAAUACGACAUUAAAGAAUUUUUUAUAUGUCUUAUAUUUGUAUUUAUGUGUACUUUCUACAUGUUCCUAGUCAACUUAGUUGGGCAACAAAUUAUAGAUCACAAUAAUCACGUAUUUAUCACGGCAUACAAAAUUCGAUGGUAUAUAGCUCCCUUAAAUAUACAGAAAAUGAUACUGUUCCUGCUGCAAAGAGGUAAUAAAAGUUUUGGUCUCACUGUGGGUGGAUUAUUUAUAGCGUCAUUAGAAUGUUUUGCUACGCUGACAAAUGCAUCAGUAUCUUAUUUUACUGUUACGUAUUCAAUGCAAUAAUAAUAUAAUAAUAUGAUAUAUCAAUUAAUAUAGAUUAAUGGAAACAACGAGAAAUCCAGCGUAUAAUAUACCUCAUAUAUAAAAUAAUAAAUAAA